CAGAGCCUGUUUAGCAUGAACGGAUGUGACUGUUUGAACCGGAAGCAUUUACUAUUCCGGUUUCAUUUUGUAUCCAUCACACAGUUUAGGAAACAUGAACACUCGUGGGCUUCGCUCUCAACUGAAAGACAGUGUCCCUGUCACGGGGCUUGCUCCUCAAGCAGGAGCCUAUGGGGUCCAGGACACAAUGCGCAGGGGAUUCUCCAGUGUGAAGAAUGAACUGCUCCCUAGUCAUCAGCUGGAACUUUCAGAGAAGAAUUUCCAGCUCAACCAAGACAAGAUGAACUUCAGCACUCUCAGAAACAUUCAGGGUCUCCACGCACCACUUAAACUGCAGAUGGAAUACAGAGCAGCCAGACAGAUCCAGCGCUUACCAUUCCUGCAAAGCUCCAACCUGGCCCUUGACACAUUGCGUGGUAGUGAUGAUAGCAUUGGCUUUGAGGACAUCCUCAACGAUCCUGCAACAAGUGAAGUGAUGGGAGAGCCUCACAUGAUGGUGGAGUAUAAAUUAGGCCUGCUGUAAUUGGAAAUGGAUAGCAUUUGAGUGAUUGGCUAUUUGAACUAAUUGGAAUAAAUUGUACUUACAUCCCCAUAGACGUCACUGUGUACACAAACUUGAAGUAUGUAUUUGUAAUAAAACUGUUCCAUAUCUAUUA